GCCACUUUUUUUUUCCCUUCUUCUUUGUAUAAUUCAAUUUUAAUUUUCUUGAAAAACUCCAAUUUGCAGAAGAGUUUCUUUGUACUUAUGAACAGUCGAUGAACAUGAGUUCUACAUCAACUCAAUUUGCCCCCACAAGAAGGAUGGGCAUAUUCGAACCGUUCCACCAUAUGAGUACGUGGGAAGACGCGUUUAGAGGUGACAUUAUGCCCAGUGUUGGUGCGUGUAUGGUCACACCGGCAAAUGACAGGGCAGAUGACAAGUCGGGAUAUACUUCUAGUGACCAACUUAUACCCUCUGGCUCUGAGGAUAAUCAAGCAGGAAAGAGUGUUUCAGACAAGGUACAACGGCGUCUAGCACAGAAUCGUGAAGCUGCACGUAAAAGCCGUAUGAGGAAAAAGGCUUAUGUUCAGCAGCUCGAAAAAAGCAAUUUGAAGCUAGCACAACUUGAAAUGGAACUUGAGAGAGCUCGACAGCAGGGACUGUACAUUUUAGGUUCAAAUGGUAAUAUGGGGCUAAGUUCAACAAUUAAUCCAGGAAUAGCUGCAUUUGAAAUGGAAUAUAGUCUCUGGGUUGAAGAGCAGCAAAAAAAGAACGUAGAGUUGAGGAACAUAUUGCAAUCCCAUGUAAGCGAAAUAGAGCUCCAGUUGCUGGUAGAAACCGUCUUAAACCACUACUACAAUCUCUUCCGAAUGAAAGCUGAUGCUGCAAAAGCUGAUGUGUUUUACUUGAUAUCUGGGAUGUGGAGAACUUCGGUGGAACGCUUUUUCCUCUGGAUUGGAGGAUUCAAGCCAUCUGAACUCAUAAAUAUCGUGAUGCCACAACUUGAGCCAUUGUCAGAUCAGCAGAUCGUGAAAAUCUGUAAUCUGCGACACUGUUGUCAGCAAGCCGAGGAUGCUCUCACUCAGGGAAUGGAUAAACUUCAGCAGACUCUGGCACAGAACAUCCUAACUAUGACCACUGGAAUGGGAAGUUACAGUUCUCAGAUGGUUUCUAGUAUGGAAAAGUUAGAAGCACUCGAGGGUUUCGUUAACCAGGCAGAUCACCUUAGACAGCAAACACUUCAACAAUUGUCACUUGUCCUGACUACACGCCAAUCAGCCAGGGGGUUACUCUCGUUUGGGGAGUAUCUUCAACGUCUUCGUGCUCUAAGUUCUCUUUGGGCUGCUCGUCCUCGUGAACCUACCUAGCCUUUUACGAGCAAAGCAGACGACGAUAACUAAGUUUCCUCGAAUGUAGCUGUUAACUACG